AUGUUUAGAUCUGUAAUGAAAACUCAAUGUCGCACUGUUCUAAACUCAGCUACAAGAACAAUGGUCAUGAAAAGAACUAUAUCUUCUACUCCUAUAGCUAGGGAUUUAUUGUCAAAUCUUUACGUCAAAGAAAUCAAUUCAGCUAGCUCCUUACUUGCCAAACAAGAUUUUUCCAAAUUAAGUGAAGAAGGUGUUAAGCAAUGGAAAGCACCAGCUGCACCAAAAUCCCCAGAAGUUGAAGCUCAAAGUAAAGACUCUUUGAAUCAAUAUUUGACUGAAGACGUUGAAGUUAUUUCUAAGGCUGCCCAAGAAGAAGUUGCAGAAAAUGAAGAAGAUUGGUUAGUUUUAGAAGAUUAA